AUGACAAGCCGUUCCAAACGACAACGACGUUCCAAGAUCGCCUGCGAACCUUGCAGGAUUCGGAAGAGAAAAUGCGAUGGCAGCCACCCCUGUGGGACAUGUAGCGAGUUCGAAUACCGAUGCUACUACGACGUGGACUCGCGCAAGAAAAGAAAUAAAAAUGAUUAUGUCUCACCUACCCGGUUACUGGAGACAUCGCAGCCCGACUCAACCCCAGAAGCCCCCACGCCACCAGCGAUCUUGCCACAGCAGGUACCCACUGCACCCACUUGCUUGCCGGCUCAGAUUCUCGAAUCUAACUCCGGCGCCGCUUUUGCUAGGCAACUGGCCCUGAAGUUUGAUCCUGUUAAUGCUCCAGAGCCGCAGAUAUUUGCCUGGAAUAUUGGAUCUCGCCAAUCGUCUGACCGUGUCGCCGCGCUGCCGAUUAUAGAUAUCAUCUCGCAGCACGAGAUGGAGGCGCUGGCAGAUGUGUACUUCGAGAAGGUCGAUCCUUAUUAUGGAUUUAUUGAUCGCAACAGCUGCUACGAACACUUGAAUUCGAGAUGGUCUCAUCCGUCCCCGUUUGAGCCAUAUGACGUUGUUCUGUGUGGAGUAGCAGCAAUGGGAUAUCUAUUUAGCGCAAGGAAACCACUCAAUGCAGAGCAUCUUCUCGUUGAAUCCGCACGAUCGUCUCUAAAACGUUGUUGCGCAUUUGGCAUACACUCCUUGGCGACCAUCUCAGGAUGGACUCUUAGGCUUUCAUACCUCCGACUGACGGGCACGCCUCACGUGGCUUGGAUGUCAAGCUGUUCAUUAUUACAUCUAAUGGAAGCAGCUGGUUUCCAUAUCGGGCCAUCAUCCAAGCCGUUGCUCAUCAAACCGCCGCAAAACAUUGAUCACAACAUUCGACGAAGAUUGGUAGGCUUCGCACUAUACAUCAACAUGUGGAUAUCGUUUGAUCUGGGACGCUCCAGAGUCAUCCUGCAGGGUGCCUGCUAUACGCCCCCGAUAAGUCCGGAAGGCGACUACACGGCCGAGAUGUUGAAUCUCAUCCCUCUGUCCGAGAGCCUAGAUCCGCACAAACCAGUGGACUCUUCUCAACUCAAGGCAAUGCUUUCCAAUAUCCUCGCAAGCCAGCGUUCACGACCGCCAUCGGUACUUUCUCAGUGUAAUCUUGUACUCACUAUCUUCCGACGCAUCCGUGCUCUGAACUCGAAUAUUUGCGGGGACUUUAUGGCGCAGGUUCUUGCCUUGAUUACUCGAGCUCUUGCAUGCGCCCGGGAACUGGCUCUUCACAAUUCCCCCUGGAGCCACGUGGCAAAUGUGCCUUUCCAAAUCGUCUGUACUUUGCUGGCGAUGGACAGUCCAGAGUCAUUGGCGUUAUUAGACGACGCUAUGGAGACUCUCAAGAAUGUGACAGAUGCCUAUAAUACCGACAUGAUGAAGGAGGCGUAUCGAACCGCCGGCCUGCUGAUUUUACUGCAGCAAAAGCGAAAAGAUCACGAUUCGAAACACCUCAGCAAUCUUCUCGGGGCUCAUUUCUCGACUGCAUCUGAGCCCAACCCCAACGGAGACGGUUCAGAUCAUUUGCAGCCCGUGCAUGACUCCAGCUAUCUCGAUGCCCUGUUACCGGAUGACCUACCCAGUUUUGGGAACUUCGAUUUCACCCAGUUCUUUGUCGCCGAUCCCUCGGAUAGUUUUGGGCUUGAUAUAUAG